AUGCCUGGAGACGGAUACGACCGCCACAUCACCAUCUUCUCGCCCGAGGGGCGACUCUAUCAGAUUGAGUACGCCUUCCGCGCUGCCAAGGAGUCCACGCUCACGUCUGUAGCCGUACGCGGCAAAGACAGCGCCGUAUUUGUGACCCAGAAGAAAGUUCAGGACAAACUGAUCGAGCCCGACUCGGUAACGAAUGUGUUCCAGAUCACCCCCGAGAUCGGCUGCCUUAUGACGGGUCUCUACGCCGACUCGAAGGCACAGGUGCAACGUCUGCGUUUCGAGGCGCACGAGUUCGAGAAUAAGUUUGGCUACAAGGUUCCGUGCCACGUGCUGGCCAAGCGCAUCGCUGAUGUGGCCCAGGUGUACACGCAACACGCGUCCAUGCGUGCAUUCGGCGUCAUUACGAUGCUCAUCAGUGUGGACGACGAGAAGGGCCCGCAGCUCUUCAAGAUCGACCCUGCCGGUCACUUCUGGGGCUACAAGGCCACGUCUGCUGGUGUGAAGGAGCAGGAGGCACAGAAUUACCUCGAGAAGAAGAUCAAGGCCAACCCGGCCAUGGACUACGAGACCACGCUGCACACAGCCAUUACGUGCCUGCAGUCGGUGCUUUCGGCUGACUUCCGUCCUAACGAGAUCGAGGUGGGUGUCGUGGUGGAGGGCCAGCGGUUCCGUCAGCUAACUGAGGACGAGAUUGAGGCGCACCUGACUGCCAUCAGUGAACGCGACUAA